AUGAGCGAAGAACUCGUUCAAAAUUCAUCUCAGUCUCAGUCAUCGAAGUAUAGCAUUUUUCUCAGAAUGUUCUCUUUUCUCAUCCCAUUGUUGGACGUCAUUAAGCUUGUGAUUGCUUCCGUGACCUCCGUAGUCUUCCUAGCCUUCGCCGGUCUAACACUUGCCGGUUCAGCCGUGGCGUUAGUCGUAUCCACACCGCUUUUCCUCAUAUUCAGUCCGAUUCUCGUACCCGCCACUAUAGCCACUACUCUCCUAGCCACUGGGCUCACGGCCGGUGCAACCCUCGGACUGAGCGCCAUUGGCCUCAUCAUGGGGCUCAUUAGGACUGUGACAGGAACUUCGUUGGCGGCCAAAAUGCCAACGAAAAGGGGUUCAGGUGCGGGAGGAAAACAAUUGACUGCGGCAUUAAAAAAAAGAAUUGCAGCUGGUAAAGCUGGAGGAGGUGGAGGCAUGCCAGGUGGAGGGUCUUUCGAUUGGAAAACAUUGAUCAAAAAAAUCAUAUCAUUGCUCAAAAAGUAUAUGCAAGGUAAGCCCGCCGGUGGAGGAGGUUCAGCAGGAGGAGGAGGAAGUGAACCUGCGGGUGGAGCUGAACCUGCCGGUGGAGCUGACGCAGCAGGUGGAGCCAAACCUCCGGGUGGAGCUGACUCAGCAGGUGGAAGUCCACCCCCGUCGCCCUAA